GAACAAUCCAAUCCCAGAAUCAGUGUUUGAUACAGUGUCUGAGUGACAUUUGUUGCAUAGAAAUAGUGGAGGAUACACGUUCAUCUCUAGUACCUAUAGGUACUGACUGUGCUGGAAUCUAAAAGGGAAGCUACUCUAAACGGCUAUCAUCCUCUGAGAUCAAUACCUCUGUAAGUGAAUUGCUUCCCUUUGCUUAUUGAUCGAUGAUUAGCAUAAAUCAGACUAAGUUUGACUAUAACACAGGCCCAAGAUGCAGAUAUUGCAGUAUUUGACUAGAUGAUCAACCAGUGGAAUCUGUACCAGUCUUGUGAGACAGUCAGUGACAAUGACACAACUUAUGAAAGGAGAGUAUUGAUCUGUUCCGGGCAUUGACAUAUUACCGUUAGAAUGCUGUUAGCGGCCAUGUGGUCCGGGAUCAGGCCUCCCUACAUCGGCAUGAAUUAGUCAUCUACAGACCAGCAAGGCUGCGGGAUGGAUAUUGGGACCUUCGGCUAACUGUUGAAUGGGAAGAGUUAGCCUUUCGGCUGCACCUGUGUGAGAGUGUUGACCUGAAACAGACAGACGUCGAGCAGACGGCAACAUCGGACUGAACUGUUGUUGAAUCUGCUGUCAAAGCUGGAUCACUGGAGUGUGAAGGACCGAGGAUACUGUCCGGGCCACCUGAUGAAUGGAUAGUUUGAAGCUACCUGGUGGUGAAUGAUGACGACAACAUGCAGGACCUAGUUCCCAGCUCCUCCGCCAAGGCCGUGCUGCAGCAGCGACAACUACUCACAGACAUGAGGGCUCAGAACUAUGACGUGAUCCGGUUUGCCACCUACAGGACGGCAUGCAAGCUGCGCUUUGUGCAGAAGAAGACAAGCCUGCACCUUGUGGACAUCUGGAACAUGAUUGAAGCAUUCCGGGAAAAUGGCCUCAACAUGGUCGACGCCCAUUUUGAGCUGAGUACAUCCCGCCUUGAGUCGCUAUUGACAACAGUCUUCACACAACUCAACAAGAGGCUGCCCCAGAACCAACAGAUAGUGGUUGAACAAUCGGUGAACCUGCUACUUAACUGGCUGAUUGCAGCCUACGACAAGGAAAACACAGGAAAGACCCGAGCGUUCACUAUCAAGGUUGCUCUCUCCCACAUGUGUGCUGGAAAGUUCAUGGACAAGCUAAGAUACAUUUUUACCCAGAUAUCUGACACAAGUGGGUAUUUGGUGUGGGCAAGGUUUGAAGAUUACCUGGCGGACCUGCUUAUGUUGCCGACGGCUGUGUUUGAGGGGCCAUCAUUCGGCUACAACGAGACUGCGGCAAGAAGCUGCUUUGAUUCAACUAGUCGAGUGAGCGUCAACGACUUCCUGAAUGUCCUGAUGUGUGACCCAGGCCCCCAGUGUCUGAUGUGGCUCCCAGUACUCAACAGGAUGGCCCACGUGGAGAAUGUGCUUCAUCCUGUUCAGUGCGAGGGCUGUCACCGUGAGUCGUUCACCGGGUUCCGCUACAAGUGCCAGCGAUGUUUCAACUACCACCUCUGUCAGGAUUGCUUCUGGAGGGGCCGCACCUCCGCCAACCACCGCAUUGAACACGAAAUGAAAGAAUACACCACAUAUAAAUCCCAAGCCAAACAGAUCGGUCACUCUAUACGGAAGUCCUUCCAAUGUACGCCGGUCAAAUCCACUCAGAAAAUGCCACACUUCCCAGAUGCACCCGAGAAAACCAUUGAUCUUUCAUACAUUGUUCCACCAACACCUAUACCUGUUCACAAUGGAUUCCCUGAUCACCCUAUUAUAACAUCAGGGGAUGUGUCUUCCCUUGACAGUAGCUCCGCCCCUAGGAGCCCAAGUAAACACAAUGCAAGUACAGACUCAUUUCGGAUAGAUGACGAACAUCGACUGAUUGCCCGCUACGCCGCCCGACUUGCAGCUGACAGCUCCAAAGCAUCUCAGAGUCCAUCCGAGCUCAACUUCAGUCUCGACACCAACAAGGCACAGAGAGAACUCAUCUCCCAGCUGGAGGCCAAAAACAGGGAGAUAAUGAGAGAGAUACAACGACUACGGCUAGAGCAAGAGGCAUAUGCUACGGAAAAUGAGGAGGCACAAUAUAAUCCCACCCUCCUGGCAGAGUUGCGACUACUGCGACAACGGAAGGAUGAGUUGGAGGGCCGCAUGCAGGCACUACAGGAGAGCAGGAAGGACUUGAUGGUGCAGCUGGAGAGUCUCAUGAAGCUGCUGAAGAAUCAUCCAAAUUCACCUCGCUCAACACCAAAUAGUUCUCCUCGGUCCCGGAGUGGGUUGUCCCCGACGAUAGCCCCACCCCCGACCAAGAACUCCACCCCCAGCACCCCCAUGGACAUGUCUCUGACUGGCCUGGGGGGCGAUGUACGACAAGCCUUCCAUCAAACACCCUCCAGCGGGGGGAACGUCCGCAGUCUGCGGAAUGACCUGCUAGUGGCUGCCGACUCAGUCACCAACGCCAUGUCGUCUCUGGUGAAGGAGUUGAACUCAGAAAACAGUGGCAGUGAUGAAGACGAUGAUUUAAAUGGGAAAAGUUUAGGGCACUCUUCCUCCGACAACUAUGAGAACGAUUCCAUGGUGCGGUCUACGGGUACUGACGACAUCGAGUCGUGGCGGGAUGAUAUACGCUGGAGGCUGAAGCAAGAGUCCGAGUUCCUCGCCCAACUGCGGGCUCGUCGACAGCGGAGCGAGAACAGCAGCCAGACCACAAGUGAUAACGAACAAGAUCCCUACAUUCCAGACGAUGGUGAGUCGUACGUGAGGACAGACGAUGACAGCGCCCUCAACACAGAUGAUGGCGAGUCCUUCGUUCGCACCGAUGAUGAUCGUAGUGGAAAAGGAGUGGAGACGACUGAGAAUGCUGAGCUAUAUGACAAUCAUCCUGGGGAGUUGAUGACAAGCAGUCGAUACACCACCGACGAGGAAAGCUACCUGCAGACAGACGAGGAGUCGUACAUCCGGACCGAUGAUGAGGAAGGCGGCAACACAGACUGGGAGGAGUCCACUCGUAGAUGGGUGAACCGAUGAUACAUCUCCAGGCUGGUGGAGCCAGUGUAAAUACCCUGUGUUGAAUAGUCGGACCGUAGCGCACAUGGUGCAUGCAUGAUCAUGUUGACUAGCAUACCACGACCAUUCGUCUGGAGAGGUCAGCCGAUUGUGUAUAUACGCCAUAGAAACAAUGAUUGACAACCAAGUCUGAUCUGCAAGUGAUACGGGAAUGUAUAUCCUGCUUGGGUGAUAACAGAUGUGUGGGUGAUAACAAUGAUAUCACAUUGUGCUUGGUAUGUAAUACGUAUUAAACCAAGAAGUAUAUUGGCAGCCAUUUUGUAUUAGGCAAGGAGCACAUGUGUUGUGUUGCCAUGGUUACAGGACGAACGAGCAGCUGAUGACCAAGAGAAUGUGAUGACGUCUGUGUUCAAGAAUUUGUGUAAGAUAGUUUACUGUCGUCAUGUGGUGGUACAAAAGUCACUGCACUUCAUGACCUCUUGUGUAUUGUGAAGAGAAAAUAUUGAUGUGAGUCAGAUUGAGGUAAGAUGUCAUGAUGUGAGUCGGCUUGAGAUAUGGUGUUACGAUGUUGUUUGUUUGUUAGUCCAUCCUGUAUCUGCCCUAAACGUGACAGCAAGAAUAACUGGAAUAGUAUUUUUCAUCAUAUAGAUAUGUAUCCAAUGCAAACAAUGCAAUGCCACACGGAGGAGCUGUCUAGAGUCGUUUGUCAUUCAUGGAGGAGCUGUUCACAGGAAAGAUUGGAUGGAAAAUAUUGAGUGCAUGUCUUAAUUUACACUAAAACCAAAGUUUUCAGGAAAGGAUUGCCAUUUUUAACACAUUCACUGCUAAUUCAUGGAAUAUAUGGUGCUGGCAACAAGUUCUGUGUGCGCAUAUCAGAAUCAAAUAUGUCAUAACUGUAAUUUAGUUUCAAAGUUGCAAUACUUAAAUAGUGCUGAGGAAUGCAGUUUUUUGCUUAGGAUUGUUAUUUCUUGUUUAGGAUGAAAUCUUUUCUUGUCCUGUCUGAAACCCACACUUGCAUGAGCACCCUGGAAGUCAAUGCUUUUACUGUCCUGACAUUUGCUCUUGUUUAAAUGGCAAAUUUGAUCUUGGUGUUCUUGUUUACGAUGCUCUGGCUGACAGGAUAGAUUCAUUACUUUAGCAUCAAACUGACAAUUUUUUGUCCAGAUUUUUAUUGACGCCAAAUACAAGCUGUGUAUACUUUCGAAAGAGAAUGAGAUAGGGAAAUAAUUUUGACUUUGGGAAUUUAGAAAGAAUCUGUUCACUUACAUGUAACUGAGAGAAAAUAUAGGUUUGUCAUCUACCACUAAUGACUACAUGAUGUUUUAGAACUGUUUCUGGAGUGUAAGUUGACAUCUGCCUCUAGGGGCUAGUUGAUGUGCUAGAGCUGUUCGUGGUAUGUUGGUUGAUGAAGCUAGAGCUAUUCCUGGUGUAAGGGUCGUCUGCCACUAACAGUGAGCUGUUCCUGGUGCAUGGGUCAAUUUCUGCCACAAAGCUAGAGCUCUUCCUGGAGUAGGAGUCGACGUCUGCCUCCAGGGACUAGUUGAUGUGCUAGAACUGUUCGUGUAUAUUGGUCGAUGAAGCUAGAGCUAUUCCUAAUGUAUUGGUCGAUGUCUGCCACAAAGCUAGAUCUUUUCCUGGUGUAUGGGUGGUCAUCGGCAACAAAGCUAGAUCUAUUCCUGCUAUAUGGGUCGACAUCUUCCACUAAUCUAGAGCUAUUUCUGGUGCAUAGGUCAAUGACGCUACAGCUGUUCCUGGUGUAUGGGUGGACAUCUGCUACAAAUCUAGAGCUAUUCCUGGUGUAUUGUCAACGUCUGCCACUAAACUAGAGCAGUUCCUGGUGUAUUGUUGACGCCUGCCACUAAACUAGAGCAGUUCCUGGUGUAUUGUCAACGUCUGCCACUAAACUAGAGCAGUUCCUGGUGUAUUGUUGAUGCCUGCCACUAAGCUAGAGCUAUUCCUGGUGUACAGUCGACGUCUGCCACUAAGCUAGAGCUAUUCCUGGUGUAUGGGUGGACGUCUGCUACAAAUCUAGAGCUAUUCCUGGUGAACAGUCGACGUCUGCCACUAAGCUAGAGCAGUUCCUGGUGUAAGGGUCGACAUCUGCCACUAAGCUAGAGCAGUUCCUGGUGUAUUGUCGACGUCUGCCACUAAGCUAGAGCAGUUCCUGGUGUAUUGUCGACGUCUGCCACUAAGCUAGAGCAGUUCCUGGUGUAUUGUCGACGUCUGCCACUAAGCUAGAGCAGUUCCUGGUGUAUUGUCAACAUCUGCCACUAAGCUAGAGCAGUUCCUGGUGUAUUGUCGACAUCUGCUAGAGCUGUUUCGGGUGUAUCGGUCAGUAUCUACUGUUUACAUCUAGGUGAUCUGCAACAGAUGUUUCAUAGACAGGCAGACUGAAAUUUGGGUGGUACCAGCAACAUGUUCAAUAGGAUUCCUCAUCUUUUUAUGCAGGAUUUGUUUCCGUCACCCCUGUACAUUCUGUUGGAUAAGUCGAGAGAUUAUUUUGUUUCAAAUAUUGUUCGUGUAAAUACUUGUAUAAACUUGUUGUUCCCACUCUGUAUAGUAAAUAAUGACCCUUAUGAAAGCAAUACUACACAAGCUCUCAUGUCUUUUUCGCUGUUGUUCUUCCAGUAAAUGCAUAGGUUGAGUUUUCUAUUCUUGUCGUGACAUUUUGUAACAUUCACAUCCAGCACAAAUGGCACCUUAAAUUGUUCCAUUGUCGGAUUUCAUUCAGUAACUAUUUGAAUAUAUAUAUGCUACUCAAAAGAAUUUAAAGAACACCCGAUUCUUUCAUAUGACCAAUUCCCGACAUGGGUACAAUGUGUGAAGCCCAUUUAUGGUGUCCCCCGUGAUAUUGCUGAAAUAUAUUGCUAAAAGCGGCGUAAAACCAUACUCACUCACUCACUCAUAUGACCAAAGUUAAUUCUCAUGCCGUGACAGAUUAGCUAUAGUAAUAUCAAAGAAUUGGGUGCUCCUUUACUUCUUUGGAGUAGCAUACUUUUAUGUUGGUUGACAUAAUGCUAAACAGUAUUGUGAAUAUUUUUGAUCCAAUAUCGGUUGUAGAAGUCCACGCAUAUCUUAAUUACAUCAGUUCUUAUCAUCCUCGGUAGAUUUUGAGGUUAACGUUUUAUUUUUAUCCAGUUAUCAGCUUUAACUUUUUAAGAUUCUUAGUUUUGUCAGUUGGUGCCAUGAUGUAUUUUAAGUUGAUCUUAUUGAUACAAUGAAAUUGACUUUUAUUGAAACAGUGAGAACUCACCAGUACAGCAAAUCAUGUCCGUGGUCACUGUUGUUCAAGGCGGCUAUGAUGGGUGCUGAGGUCAAGGUUGUUGCUGGUCACACAGGGUCAAGGUCAAGCAAAACUGUCAACCAGGUCUUGACUAUGUUUUUAGCAUAGUCAAGUAUUCUCACGUUUACUUGUCGUGCCUUUUACCAUACUAAUGAACUAAGACUGCUGUAGCACCUCGAUAGCGUUGGUUUAGGGCCUGUCAGAUUGGCUUUGUGCUAGUCAGUUAUUACUGGACCCAAUCAGUAAGUACUAGAGCCAAGUUAGUACUGAGGACAAUCAACAACUACUUCUAUUUGUAAUGUGUCAAAGCACUCACACCAUUAUUACCCUGGUCAAGGGGAUUAGUGUGCGCUCAAUAUACUUUCUCAGCUCCCUGGGAAGUAUUCAACCCAAGCUGCCCGUGAGGCAUCUUAUCCUACAGGGUACCCAUUCAAUGCUGGGGGAACAGAGGCAUAUUUAGAGCAAAGUCAAUUGCCUAAUAUGACACCACAUGUGCUUCAGUGUGGGGCAGAACCGAAGCCCUAGGAUCUCCCAGGAGUCACGGUCACCCAACUAUCUUCUCCCUGUUGCUUAACUUCUGAUUUGUGGCCUGCGCUCUGGUCACAGGACCACUGGGGCCAACCAGUCAGAACUAGAGCCAACCAGUCAGUACUAGAGGCAAUCAGAUAUUACACAGGCCAACCAGUUAGAACUCUGGACCAUCAGAUAGUACUUUGUUAGGAUUCCCGUGAAGAUCCGGGUACGAAUAGGUCUUCAUCAACCCAUGCUUGCUUAAGAGGCGACUAACGGGAUCGGGAAUUCAGGCUUGCUGACUUAGUUGAUGCAUAUCAUCGUAUCCCAAUUGUGUAGGUUGAAGCUCAUGAUAUCAAUCACUGGAUUGUCUGGUCCAGACUCGAUUAUUUACAGACCGCCGUCAUAUAGCUGGAAUAUUGCUGAGUGCAGCGUUAAACAACAAACAAACAAACAAACAAACUUGGUUAGGAAUGGCAGAACAAGUUUCUGGAGAUAAUUUCGUUCCCUUCCCUCUGUUUCUGUGAUGGACCUCUGUGACCAUGUGUGACUAGCGGAGCCGGUUUACCUGUGUUUGUUCUGUUCUGUGUACUAUAUAUGCUUGAGACGAAGUAUUUGUGACCUCGAGGUAUUUGCGAGGUCGUAUCCAUGUGUUGUGUUCAUCCAGCCCGAGGUGAUUCCUGAUGUUUUGUAAGACAAUGUCUUUCAUGCUGUGAUUUGUACAUGACCCUGUGUACAGUGUAAAUAUAAGAUGGCAGAUCUGUACCCAACUCAAACAUGUCUCUUAACUGACUGUCCAACAGAAAUUAUUUCAAAACUAGUGACCACCCCAUUGUUGCCAAUAGGGUAUCUGGUCAUGCUGUAUACCCAAGAUCAACACGUAAAACCUGCGACCUGCUCUGUCCUUCACACAAAACAACUACUUAGGCUGUCUGUUUAAGGAUAUAUUUUUGGUAUUAGUCUGAUAGAACUCCUUUCAUGGCCAACCAUUAUACAGUCAAGUUCCGUUAAUCCGACAUGGUUGGUUGCAUAUGAUAAUGCUUGAUUAAUGAGUAUGUCGGAUAAACGAAAUUAAGUAGAAUCAACAUUUGUGAUCGAAAAUUGGACAACUACACGAUAGAUAAAGAAAUAUGUUCUUUGAAAUUAAAUAAUUAAAAAGGAAAUAGUCAUGCUCUUAUGUUAUAUUGUUAGCGGAAUAUGUUUUCUAAUCAUGCAACCUCGGAAAACUUGACACAGGGCAUUCCGAACUACAGCUACGGGCUGUAUCACCGAUUGAAAAUACUUUUGAAAAUGUUAAUUGUUUAUUGUUAAGCAAGCUUCUCUUGCAGCCACAAGCCGACUCGUUUCACGUCAAAACACAGGGCUGUGUGCUCUGGGCAGAUGACCACGGAGUAUACUGAUCACUGUGUCGGAUUACCGAGGCUGAUUAAUGACUGAUUUUAGCAAUUCGUUACAAAUUAGGUGUGUCGGAGUCGGAGUGCGAGACUGUUGGAUUAACAGGUCUAAAUAACACUGAUUUAAUCAUUGUGUCGAAUCAAGCCGAUUGUUGGAUUAACAAGACUUGACUGUAUUUAAUGUUUAAUGGGAGGGGGGGAUUUCUUUAACACUUAUUCUUUAACAAGAAAAAUGUAUAAUAUACCCGGUACUACUCAAUUUUUCUAUGGGAAUAAUCAGUUAUACACUUGACAUAUGAGUAUCGUGGAAACAUACAAAUAUCCCUAUCAAAAUUGGAGUAGUGUAUAUCCACAGUAUAUUCUUCAUCCAAAACUUAAGCCAGUAUAUUAGAGCAGGAGUAGAUUAGUUUGUGUACAAAAUUUGCCAGAUCCCCCGAGGAGAUCGUCGAUCCCCGACACAAGGAGGUAGGUAGGACGGGGGGGUUAGUUGUGGAAAUGUCUGUCAGUUGAGUGUGAAUGUGUUGAACUAAGUGUCAUGACUCCUUGUGGUGUGGUGCAGUCGUGUGUUGACUCUGCACUCCCAUCACAAUACAAAGCAAAUAAGCUGCUCUGGGUAGUGCAUAUCUAGACAUUAGCAAACCUCAUUAUUUCAACUCAUUACCCAUGUUCAUUACAUCAUUGUGUACGUUCAGGAACUUGCACACAAGUGAUCGCUGUGAUGGUUGUUUGAACAUUUUGACAAGAUUUUUCUGGCCAAUUCUUUUUACUAACAUAGGCUCUCUGUUCUGUCUUUGUCUUCAUCUUUGUAAAAUAUCACCCAAAUAUACUGCUACGAAAAGGUUAAGGAUCACCUGAUUCUUUUAUAUUAAAUUUAAUCGAUCAUGCCGUGACAGAUUGACUUUAGUAAUGUGUAAGAAUUGGGUGAUCCUUAACUUUUCUGUACAGCAUGUGUCCAAACAGGAUCAUACAGCGUUGUUUUAGAUUUCCAGAGAUAUUUCUGUGUUGCCUGGUUUAAAUAAAUAUUUGUUUGUAACCUGGACACUUCUUGGAUAUUGUGGGAGCAUGGGUGGCCCAGUCGUCAAAGGCUCCACAAUUCGCUGUGCAGAGUUGUGCCCCUUGGGCAUGCCAGAAACCUAUGAUUGUGGGUUUGAAUCCUGGCUUUUUCCCCGAUUAUGUUUCUAGGUUU